AAAAGGGAAGUUCCGCGGCGUUUCCUGUCGUUUGAACUGAAGGCAUGGACGACGGGCUGCCCUCCAGAAAAGCAGAGGAGGGUGGCUGUUCUAAAAGGCCACAGAGGCAGCAGGACCGGCAAGGAAAACUUCCAAAGAAACGGAAAGAGGUGAAGAGGUCUCCGCGGAGGCCAGACUGUCCAGAACACCUGUCAGGAGGAAACGUGCAUUGGUUGCCUGAGCAGCAAGGAUCAGAAGCCUCUGAAUCAGCUGAAGACACUUUCGACAGUUGCCCGAAAAGAUGGGAUAGGUGCAGACGAGGACACUUUCUACAUGGACCAUAUCCUGCUACCCACUUUGGACCCAAAGCGUGCAUUCUUCCCAACCCGACCUCAGUCAUGCACAUUCAGGAUCCAGCUAGUCAGCGGCUCACCUGGAGCAAACCACCGCUAAACGUUCUGGUCAUCAGAAAGAUUCGAGAUGAGACUCUUCUGGAGCCGUUCAAAGAGCUUUGCAGGUUCCUCGUGGAGGAGAAACAUCUCAUGGUUUAUGUGGAAAAGAAAGUUGUGGAUGACGGCUCUCUCAUGAGCGAUGAGUCAUUUUCAGCCAUCUGCAAUCAACUGUGCACAUUCAGGGAAGGUUAUGAUGACAUCUCGGACUGCAUCGAUUUGAUUAUCUGUUUGGGUGGAGAUGGCACUCUUCUGUAUGCAUCGUCUCUUUUCCAGGGCAGCGUUCCUCCCGUCAUGGCGUUCCAUCUGGGAUCUUUAGGAUUUCUCACUCCAUUCAAGUUCGAGUCUUUUAAAACUGAGGUGGAUAAAGUGUUUGAAGGUAAUGCUGCCAUCAUCCUGCGCAGUCGUCUAAAGGUUAAAGUGGUGAAAGGCAUGUUCCAGAGAAAUGAGCAGCUCUUCACUACGCAAGAGAAUGGAGUAGUUCCUCACAACCAUAUCAGCAAUGAGGCUGGCAAAAUAACUCUACAGCUACAGGUGCUUAAUGAGGUGGUUGUGGACAGAGGGCCCUCGUCAUAUCUGUCUAAUGUUGACCUUUACCUGGAUGGACGCCUCAUUACUUCUGUACAAGGAGAUGGUGUAAUAGUUUCCACUCCCACGGGCAGCACGGCAUACGCUGCUGCAGCCGGAGCCUCCAUGAUCCAUCCCAACGUCCCUGCCAUCAUGGUCACCCCCAUCUGCCCUCACUCGCUCUCUUUUAGACCCAUCGUGGUGCCUGCUGGCGUGGAGCUCAUGAUUACACUAUCACCUGAUGCUCGCAACACAGCCUGGGUCUCAUUUGAUGGCAGGAAGAGGCAGGAGAUCCAGCAUGGCGAUAGCAUUAAGAUCACAACCUCCUGCUUUCCAGUCCCCUCCAUCUGCUGUCAUGAUCUGGUUUACGACUGGUUUGACAGUCUGGCUCAGUGUUUGCACUGGAACGUCCGCAAGAAGCAAACACGUCUAACAGACGCCAGCGACUCCUCCGAAACUGAAAACUGAAGCAUCACCAUCAAACGCUCGCAGGCUGUUCAAUUCACAUUCCAGGAGUUUCUUUGCCUUAGAAAUAAUGCUUUAGUCAGAGGUUAGCCUGGAUUGCUCAUCAUUUGAUUGCAACAGGACAUUUUGUUUGGUUAAGUGUAUGUGAAAGUGUCAUUGUGUUAGAACAGGCAGAGAUGAUUCUGUUUUAACUAAUACAUCAAAUGAGCAAGGUUUAUUUAACAUCAUAUUGUUUUCUGCACAUUCAGCACUUCUAAAUUGUUGCUUGAGAAACGCAUUAAUGGAUUAGAAAUGAACGGGAAUUAACUUUUCCUAUGAAUGUCAGUUGAAUAAAUUUGACCACAAGCACACAGAAAGCUUUGUGUGUGUGGUCUGUUAUGACAGUAGUUCCUCAUUUCAUGUAAAAAACACGACAUGUUAAGUCAGGCGGGAGUCUGUCAACACCGAGCAGUUGUGGAAGCGCUCUGUAGCCCCCCUGUGGCCAUACCGGAUGUUGCUGCACGUAACGCAUUUUUAAAACCCCUAUUCGUUAACUUUACCAUUUAAGUUGGUUUUUAUCCAAUUGAUUAAUUUUACAGAUGCUCCGUAUUUUGCAUUUCUUAUCAAAUAGUCCAAGUCCUGCAAAGUCAUAUCAGCCACAAUCUAAUAUAGCUGAAUGUAUCUGGUAAGCUGUUUACCUUUUGAUGUAAAUAAGAGAUCCUAUAAAAUGUAUUUGUCUUGUUUGUAUUAUUUCAAUAAAAGUAAUGUUGGAUGUUG